UUGAAGGAAACUCGAAAACAGUGUAGAGAAUAAUCGAGGCAGCAUAGAGUGUGGGGUGAUGGAGGAAGCAGAAGCUCCGACUGAUCGUCCUCCGUAUGUGGAGGUGAAGUGCGAGAUCUCAGGUAUGAGAAGGCGCUUCGCAAUUGGCACGGAAGCUGGUUUCGCAGUGUCUGUCAUCAACGACAAAUUGGGUUCAGUUGACUCUGUGUACAUUGAAGCCGUCAAGGAUGGUGAGGAGCCCAUCACUUUCGGACCCAACUCACUUCUCGUCGACUACGGCCACGGUUGGACAUUGCACACUGUUACCCAACUCGUAUUUUCUGGUGAAGAAGGUGUUGUUAGGCCUAAGCCAAAGCAAGUUCCUCAUGUAAUGAGCUCUGACAACUUGCUUGCUAAAAAGAGGGUACCAAAUCAAGCAAUCAAUUUUAUGUACAUUGGAAAGAUACUGUUAGCUUUCAUUUUAAUUUUUGUACUCGGCGCAGUUUUGACUCUGGUUCUUGAAAACGUUCCUAGGCUGAUAGAGUUGCUCGAACAGUACGUGUAAUCUAACAAGACUAGACAGAAAUUUGCCCCAAGUCGAUUUGUUCAUUGUAUAAAACAAAAGCAGAACUGAAUAUAUCCUCUCAAACUAUAUUGGCUUGACACUAGACCAAAGGGUAGGGCUAGGUCAAUAUGUUUAGGUACUCAUUUGAUUUCUCUCUGAGUUGAGUUGUGCUGAACUACCUUUGAAUUCAGAUUUGGAGAUGAUGCAGUUGAA